AGUGCCUCUGCGGCUUGUUUACGUGACGCCGAGCGGCCGAACCGGAGGAAGGGAGCGACCGCAGACUGCGUGGAGGGUCUUUUAUCUCCCCCGAGGACUCCAGUGAGACCCUCGCAACAUCCCAGAGGAACAGAGUGAAGGAGUGAACAUCCCCGGAUAUCUUCAGUGAAAGGUCGAACAAGCAGCAGCAACAAUGGGCUGUUACGGAUUCCUCAAAUGCAUGAUGUUCGUUUUCAACGGCAUUAUCUUCCUGGCCGGAGCUGCCGUCCUGGGCGUGGGGAUCUGGGUGAAGGUGGACAGCGGCUCCAUCCUCAGCUUCCUGGGGAAGAUUGAAGACGCUCCGCCAGAGCUGAGCCAGGUGCUGAACGUGGGCUACCUGCUGAUCGCCCUGGGGGGGCUGCUGCUCAUCAUCGGCUUCCUGGGCUGCUGCGGGGCCAUCAAGGAGAGCAAGUGCAUGCUGCUGCUGUUUUUCAUCAUCAUCCUGCUGGUCUUCCUGGCCGAGGUGGCCGGCGCCAUCGUGAUCCUGGUCUUCAGACCUCUGGCGGAUGAGUUGUUUUCCAAAGUGGGACGAGCAGCAGUCCACAACAUCAAGCAGGACUACGGGCAGGACCCGGACAUCACGGGACUGUGGAACACCACCAUGACCACGCUGAAAUGCUGUGGAUUCUACAACGCCACGGACUUUGUGGAUUCUCCCUACUACAACGACCAAGGCAUGAAGUUCCCUCCGCAGUGCUGCCGGAACACCGACCAGCCGUGUAACCAGACGCUGAUCGAUGGCAGCAUGGCAGUCAGCGGCUGCUUCCAGAAGGUCAAGCACCUGGUGGAUGAGAACACCGUGGCCAUCGUGGCCGUGGCGCUCGGGAUCGCGGCUCUGGAGAUCUGCGCCAUGGCCGUCUCCAUGAUCCUCUACUGCAGGAUGGGGUCCACGAGGGCCUGAGCGCCGCACGCCGUCCUCCAGCCUCCUCUGGACCCCCCGCAGACCGUUACUGUCAGGUCUAGUGCAAUCAAAAGGACCCAAUAACACAACAAAUCUAUUUUUGCUACGUCUGAAUCUAAUAAAUUCCAUCUGUGAACUCACCCCAUGUGGUCCUGGUUCUUAAGAGAAAAUACACGCAGUGGCGACUGUAAAGAAGUGUUUCUGCCCUCCACACACAGUUAAUGAAGUUAACUAUUUUCACUGUGAUCAUGAAACUGAAGCUGGGCUCCAUGUUGAGGGCAGAACACACUGCUGUCAAUGGCUUUUCGUUGUUGUUGUAUUACACCCACAGAUGUGAUGCUUUACGUGUUCAUAUGUUGUAAAGUGAUUGAAUUUUUUUUUAAAAAUAAAGUUUGAUUGAUCGA